AGAAUCUGUUUUGUCAAAUGUGAAAUGAAAGUCAACAUAAAAUAAAACAAAUACCCCAAUUUUUAGGAGACCCAACUCAAAAUUACUGUGAUAUUUUCAAUUUUAUACAUAAAUUUUAGUAAAAAUGUUUAACUUAAAAUAUGGCCUUACACACCUUUAUAAUACCGGACCCCUUUUAUAUUCUAGGUUCCACUAAAAAAUUUUGUUCGAAAGCAGUACAGAAUAAAAUAAAAGGAGCUUGUGAUGUGAAUAUCAAGAAAGCCUUCGGCCAGCCUGCUCCUCACAGUCAUCCACAUUUGUUAGGCGAUGAUGAGGUUACCCCACUAAUCAAGAAACAAGAGUACCAAUGCCGAAGACAAAAGCUGGUUGAUGCUGUUAUAAAACAUGCCAAAAAAAAUUGUUCUCAUGCUGAAAAUCAUAUGAUUAUUAUCCCAUCUACUUCCAAAAAAUAUAUGUCCGACAAAAUUCCGUACGUUUUUCGCCAAAAUACAGAUUUUCUCUACUUAACGGGCUGCCAGGAGCCAGAUACUUGUGCUGUGAUCACAGCUGGAAGCCAUGGAAGUAAUCACAGAGUGGCCCUAUUUACAAGGGACAAAGAUGAUCAUGCAGAAUUAUGGGAUGGACCUAGAACUCAUCCGGAAGAUGCUCCUGGAUUUUUUGGAGUAGAUCAGGGUCUGCCUAUGUCUGACCUUUCAAAAUAUAUAAGCUCUUGCAAGAAAGCCUUGCCUCAUUUAAGCCUGUGGUAUGAUUUUGAAGCUGCCCCUCACCAAGAUAUCCACAAAAUAGUUUGUGAUUAUUUGCAUGAUUCGUCCAACAAGACUUUUGAUUCGCCUAGGAACUUUAUCCAUAAAUUAAGGUUGUACAAAAGUACUGCCGAAGUAGCCUUAAUGCAAAGAUCAUGUGAUAUCGCUUCUAAGGCGUUUAUUGAAACUAUGUCUUAUUCCAGGCCAGGAAUAGGGGAGAAUCAGCUUUUUGCCAAAGUUGAUUAUGAAUGUAGAGUUAGAGGCGCAGAGAUACUAGCAUACCCGCCAGUAGUGGCCGGUGGUACUAGAGCUACUACUAUCCACUAUAUAAAUAACAACCAACUUGUUUUUAAUAAUGAGAUGGUACUUGUUGACGCUGGUUGCGAGUACCAUGGAUACUCAAGUGAUAUAACGAGGACGUGGCCAAUAAAUGGUCGAUUUACUAACCAACAAAGGGAAAUAUACGAAAUAGUCUUGGAUGUACAAAAAGAACUGAUUGACUUGUGCGCGAAAAGGCCUAGUUUGGAUGCUUUAUUUGAGUGUAUGUGCUUGUUGUUAGGCAAAAGGUUACAGGAAUUAGGACUUAUUGGGAUACAGCCAAAUAAUAACUACUUAAUGCAGGCUGCUUAUCAAUUGUGUCCUCAUCAUGUUUCACAUUAUUUGGGAAUGGAUGUUCAUGAUACACCAACUAUUAGUAGAAACAUCAAGUUGGAACCUGGUAUGAUAGUCACUGUUGAGCCAGGUAUUUAUAUAACAGAAAAAUCAGGGCUUCCAAAAGAAUAUCAUGGCAUUGGAAUAAGAAUAGAAGAUGACGUACUAAUAACAGUAAAUGGACCGGUAGUCCUAAGCCGAAAAUGUCCGAAAGACAUUUGCGAAGUUGAACAAAUCGCCAGUGUUGGACUAGAACAAUGUAGUAAAAACGUAUAGUGAUUUUUUUUUUAAGUAGACAUAGGGUAAGACUUUAUUGUGUUUUGGCUGUUUUUUAUCUAUUUCAUUAUUUAUACUGUUGGUUGUAAAUAAAAGUUUAUUUUUAUAAA